UUCUUUUUAAUGUCCAGACUUCACUCGUGAUGACUUACAACCUUGAUACACAAAGUGUAAUCCAGAAGACUGGAGAGCCAGGGACUCUGUUUGGAUAUUCUAUCGCCUUCCACCAGCAGCUCCACCCUGCCAAGAAGAACCUGUUGCUUGUUGGUGCGCCACAAUCCAAACACUUAGGCCAAGAGAACAUUACUGGUGUUGUUUAUCGGUGUGAUCUGUCUUCACCAUCCCAACACUGUGAGCCAAUUCACUUUGACAGUAAACAAUUCUUUGAAAGUAGAAAUAUAAAUGGCCAGUGGAUGGGAGUGAGAGUGACAAGCCAGGGUCCAGGGAAAAAUAUCAUGACUUGCGCUCACCGGUACCAGCAGUGGAGCCCCAGCCCGGGUCCUUAUGUCCCUCAUUUGUUAACGGGUCAGUGCUACAUCCUGGGAGACAACCUGCAAGUUGGGAAUCAGGACAGAACAUGGAGGAGGGUGGUGUGUGACUACGACCACCUCAGCAGGCGUCCCAUCAACCAGGACUGGUUUGGACUCUGCCAGCAGGGCCACGGGGCAUCCUUUGCAAAGGAUGGAAAAUCUGUGAUAUUUGGAGCACCAGGAGCCUAUCAGUGGAAAGGCAUUGUACGUUUGGAGCCUCUGAACGACCUGGAAAUUUACAGCAGCACUCCUCGAGAGACAGGGAAUAUUGAGAAGUUUGACUCUCAACUCAUUCCUUUCAAUCUCAACAGCUACCUCGGAUUCUCCACUGAUUCGGGGAUGGCGCUGCUCGAAAAGGAUGAGCUGACCAUCGUGUCCGGAGCACCGAGAGGGGGCUACAGUGGACAGGUGGCAUUCCUGAGGGCCGACCCACUGACUCCAAGCAAUCUGUCUGUGGAGCUGGUUCUCUCUGGUCCAGGUUUGGCUUCGUCUUUUGGAUACGACGUGGCAGUGGUGGAUCUAAAUUCUGAUGGAUGGGAUGAUCUUGCUGUUGGAGCGCCUCAGUUCUACUUAAAAGACAGUUUGGUGGGAGGAGCCGUCUACAUCUACAUCAACCACAAAGGAAAAGACUGGCAGAACCGAGAACCCAUCAGACUCUUGGGUCAAAAAGAAUCCAUGUUUGGGCUUGCAGUGGAAAACAUUGGCGACAUUAAUCAAGAUGGAUAUAAAGAUAUUGCCGUUGGAGCGCCAUAUGAAGGGUCUGGCAAAGUUUACAUCUUCUGUGGCUCGGCGGAGGGCAUCCACAGGAAAGCGGCGCAGGUGCUUCAUUCAAGAGAUAAGGCAGUGUCUUUGUUUGGAUAUUCUCUGUCCGGCAACUUGGACAUAGAUGACAAUGGCUAUCCUGAUUUGGCAGUUGGCUCACUCUCAGGUUCAGUCUUCGUCUUCAGAGCCAGACCGGUGGUCAGCGUCAACAGCCACCUACGGAUAAAACCAAAUGAAAUAGACUUGGAAAAAGAGCAAUGCAAUAAAAAAGCAUGCUAUCGUGACGCACAUGCGUGUUUCACCUGGAAGGCACAUGCAGCAUCAACCCAGCAAAAAAUGGUGUUGAACUACAGAUUUGAGGUCAACAAUGAGGCAAAGACAUCCAGAGUGAGGUUCAUGGGUUCAGCACACGGAAUGUUAGAGCUGCCUGGACCUGAGAUCGAAGUCUGUAAAGACAUCCGGCUUCGACUACUGCGAGAUAUUAAAGACAAGCUGAGCAAGAUCCCUAUUUCUGUCACACUGUCUCUGCUGGAGUCCAACCAGAGUUCACGGACCGGUUCUGCUCUGGAUACAAACCCAGUUCUUAACCUCUAUCAUCGGAGGAGCUCGGUUUCUGAGCUGAUCUUGAUCAAUUCAGGGUGUGGCAGUGACAAUAUCUGCCAAAGCAACUUACAACUGCAGUACAGGUUCUGCUCCCACAGAAACACCAACGGGAAAGAUGUUUACAGUUCUCUUGCAAGAGACAACGGUGUCGCUGUCAUUACCCCGUCUAAAGAAGACAUCGCUCUCGAGAUCAAAGUGACUAACAAAGAUGGCGAUGACGCACAUCAGGCGCGCGCUGUUAUUACGCUGCCGAACACGCUUCACCACACCUCUGUUCUGGAGGACACAGCAAAUCAACCUCAAGUUGCAUGUACACCUAACAGCAAUGGAACCAUUCUGGACUGUGAUCUUGGGAAUCCUCUCAGAAGAGAUGCCCAGGUCAUAUUUUAUGUGAAACUGUCCACAUCUGCUAUUUUGCUGAGUACUACAGACAUCAGUAUCAAUCUGCAGCUUAACACCACCAGCGUGCAGGAAGUACUGCCAGUGGAGGCAGUGGCAAAGGUAGCGUUUGAGCUGGCACUGCAAGUGUACAGCCAAGCCAGGCCGUCUCAAGUGACGCCUGGUGAUAGCGCACUCGGUGAAAGUGCCAUUAACUCCAGGACACAAAUGGGACCCGAAAUUCAAUUUGACUUCCAGAUCAUCAACCUGGGCCGACCGCUGAAAUCCUUCGCCAACGCCUCCCUCAACAUCCGCUGGCCAAAGGAGAACGCGGUUGGAAAAUGGAUGCUCUAUCUCACCCAGAUCACUCACAGUGGAGUGCAGCCCAUCCCAUGCUCUCCUGCGAGGGAGGUCGACCCGCUCAGAUCCGUCAAGGGUUGGACUGAACCACUGAGAAGGAGACGGCAAGUAGAGCCGGAAGCUCUCUCUUCUGACCAGUUUACAUCACUUCUGACAAGACGGCACAAAACCUUGACUUGCUCAGAAGGACUGAACUGCGUGGAGGUACGCUGCCCUCUAGUCGGCCUGGACAGUAUUGCAAAAGUGACUUUGCACUCUCGCCUGUGGAAUACCACUUUUACAGAGGAUUACUGGUCUUUGAAUUACCUGUUUAUAGUUGUGGACGCUGACGUUCGCCUCACCAACGCCAAUGAAAACAUCAGGCUGAAACUGGAGCAAGCAAGCACGCAGAUUAAGCUUACUGUGUUCAUGGAGAAGAAAGCAGAGUUCUACGCCAAAGUUGCCUGGUGGAUCAUUGUCCUGACCGUCAUCACUGGGCUUCUCCUCCUGGCAGUUCUGGCAUUCGUGUUGUGGCAGACUGACUGGGCCAAAAACCUCCACAAGAAACAUUCUCACAAGGAAGAUCCAGUGACACUUACGCAGCUCGCUCUUCUAAACUCAUGAAAUUCUAUGUCAUUUUAAUGUUUUUCCGUAACUUUUCUUGAACAAUAUGAACCCGAUCUUGUACACCGCUUUAAUGAAGCAGAAAGUAUCACUUGUUCAGCAAAGUUUUUUACAACAUGAAGAGUGUGUCUUCACGGUCACCACCACGAUGGACUGUAAGAGAGAAGUGGAGACUAGUGGGCAUUUAUGGGAGUAGUGCAACCGUUGUUAGAAAAAGCAGUAAACAGCUGGUUUUACAUUUCAAGGAGUGCGACAUUCAGAUUUUUGCAUUAAAAAAAAACUGUACAAUAUUUAAAAAUGACUUUUGGAAUUGAUUUUCAUAGGGAAGACAUUUCAUUUCUACUUAAACAAUUAAGAAAAAAAAUCAUGCAUCAGAAUACAGAUAAAAGGUACCUUUACCUUGGUUGAUCAGGCAUUUAAUAGAAAAUGUUUGACGUCAUUUCUUUAGGAAAUGUUUUGAGCUAGAGAUGGAGCAAAACAUUACUCCUCAAAUCAAUGAAAGAUUAGAUUCACCCUUUUCACAAUAACAGUGUCUGCAGCAUUAGUUCAGGAUACUUCCACAUGUAUUCAUUGAAAUAUUUACAACUGGUUAAAUGUAAAGACAGUGUAUAGUAUGUAGAGAUAUCUAUUAAACUGACAUUAAGUUAAUAUAAACCAUGAUGGUUGGAGUCCUGAAGCAACCACAUUUAUUGUGAAGGGAAGUAUUGCAAAGCAAAUAUGAGGGACAGGAUCAAUGGAGCUGCAUAAGCCAGCGCAUUAUGGAGCUCACAACCCACCUCCUCCCCAGACCCCCUGUCCCCUUGUAAUCUUGGUGAAAACGAUCAGUCUUCAUUUAACAGAAAAGUCAAUCAGACAUUUGUUUCAGGUUUGUUUUAGUGUCAGUCGUUCAAACCACACAAUGACAUGAGGAAAGCUGAUAUUAAAAACAAACACAUAGACCAUCUACUCAAAUACAGUAGUGUAUAAAUGAGCCUAACUCAGCCAGCAUCUGCUUCAGCGUUUUGAUUCCCAUUGUAAAACAUUGUGUCGGUCACAGUUGGUCAAGUGAAGGUCUCCGUUGAAUGAAGCCAACGGAAUAUCAUUUGCAAAAAAUGGACAUAUUUUGCCCCAUAUUGAAAUCAAAUCAAGUCAGUCACUCAGUAAAUAUAUAGAAACAAACCCCUUCUUCUUCAUCUCUCUCUUCACACACUGAAAAACGAGUUGGUGUUCCGGUCUGGUUACUUUUUGUUUUGUUUUGUUUUGUUUUUUUUAAACAACAUUUAUAACAAAACUGAUUAAAAAAAAUAAAAAAAAAACUGGUGUCAGACUUAAACACAGAAGCAGCUGGGAAACCUGGUUGUUUAGAAUAACUGAUUAUCAAAAGAGGUUUAUUGCAAAGACUUGAGGAAGUGAAUGUUUUGUUUUGUCUUACUAUUGGUUUUUUUUUCAUAUUCUAAUCUCAUUUGACUUGUUUCUGUUGAUGGUUGAUGAAUCUUCAUGGAACAAAUACCCCUCCGAUAAAAUACUGCAGCGAUUCACAUUCAAAGAUAGAGCUGAGAGUGGUAUGGUAUGGUAUGAUGGUUUUUGAAGAUAUAAAAAAAUGUUUCAUCAUGAUUUUUUUUUUCUUAUUGAGAGGCAAAAAACGGUAGUAUUGUCCUUCAAAACAUCUUUCUAUGUAUGUUUCCUUUUUUUUGUAUAAUUGAUGACCAACAA